AUGCCGCGCAGUCCGUUGACGCAUAUGCGCCCGUCCUCCACCUCCACCUCGCCUUCCCCCUCGCCCCCGCUCACAUCCCCUCGCUGGUCCUCCUCAUCGCGCCUCUCGCCUUCGCGCCAGCACCGGCUCUCCCGCGGCCGCAACCGCCGUGCCAGCACCGCCGCCUCCGGCUCCGUCCCCUCCCCGUCCGCCCCCACCCCGUCCUCCCUCCUCUCGCAGGCCGCCUCCCUCGCGCGCCACGCGCUCGACCUCGGCCUCCGCGUGCUCGCCUGGUACCUGCGCCUGCCACUGCUUCCGCGGCUCCUGCUCGCCCUCGCCGCCCUCGCCGUCGGCCUCCUCGCCCUCGCCGCCCUCGUCUACUCGCACGCGCUCUUCGCCUGGCUCGGCGGGCCCGUCGCCGACCGCUGGCGCCGCAUGCCCGCCGGCUGGCUCGUCAACUUCGCCCUCGUCUUCGUCACCUCCUUCCCGCCCGUCGUCGGCUACGCCACCGCCACCACCAUCGCCGGCUUCAUCUGGGGCUUCCCCGGCGGCUGGCCGGUCGCUGCUGCUGCUGCGACUACGGGCAGCCUCGCCGCGUUCGUCGCCAGCCGUACGGUGCUCGGCGGGUUCGUCGGCAGGCUGGUCGGCCGCGACCCGCGCUUCCUCGCCCUCGCGCAGGUCAUGCGCAAGGAGGGCCUGCUGUAUCUUACUGCCGUGCGCUUCUGCCCGCUGCCGUUUAGCCUCAGCAACGGCUUCCUCGCCACCAUCCCGAGCAUCACGCCCGCCGCCUUCACCAUUUCCACCGCGCUGUCGAGCGUUAAACUGCUCGUCCACGUAUUCAUCGGCAGCCGCCUCGCCAUCCUCUUCGAAAAGGGCGACGAAAUGUCCACCCGCGACAAGGUCAUCAACUGGACCGCCAUGGGUCUCAGCGGUGUCGUCGGCCUCGCCGUCGGCUACGUCAUCUACCGCCGCACCAUGGAGCGCGCCGCCGAGAUCGCCCGCGAGCAGACCGAAGGUGCUGCUGGAACGGACGACGAGGAUGCCGCCGAGCGGGGGUACGCCGCCGGCGGCUACGUCGACUCCGAGACCGCCCUGCUCGAUCCCGAGGACGCCGCCGCCAUCAUGUCCGACGACGACCUCUCCCUCUGGGAGACCAACGGCGCGACCUACUCGGACGAGGAGAGCGGCGGCAGCGGCAGCGACGGUGCUCGGCCCAAGUCCAACGGCCUCAAGCUGCACUAG